AUGCAGCAAAGAUUAAAGCAAGCUGUGUUGCUGGAAAAACCAAGAGAGCUAGCAAAAGUUGCUAGUAGUGGAUGGUUUUCUGGUUUUAAGAACCGCUAUGCUUUUCAUAAUGUAAAGUUAUGUGGUGAAGCCGCAAGUGCCGACGAAGCAAGUGCCCGGGCAUUUCCUCCCACUGUAAAGAAAUUGAUUCAGGAAGAAGGCUACACCUUAGACCAAAUUUUUAAUUUGGAUGAAACAGGUUUAUACUGGAAGUGCAUGCCAACAAGAACUUACAUUUCCAAGAAUGAAGCACAUGCUCCAGGCUUUAAGGCUGCGAAGGACCGUGUGACAGUGUUGUUGGGUGCAAAUGCUAGUGGAGACUUAAAGCUUAAGCCUGUGUUGGUGUAUCACUCUGUCAACCCGCGAGCUUUAAAGGGUUACAUAAAGUCUACUCUAGGUAUUCACUUUAGGUCAAGCAAAAAAGGUUGGAUGACGGGACAAAUUUUUUCUGACCUUCUUGUGGAUGUUUUUGAAAAUGUGUUUAAAAAAUAUUGCAAGAAGAAGAAUAUAGAUUUUAAGAUUCUCCUCAUUUUAGAUAAUGCACCAAGCCACCCUCCCACUGUUGCUGAGCUUUCUGACAAUAUCAAAGUGCUCUUUCUACCUCCAAAUACAACAUCUCUCCUUCAACCAAUGGACCAAGGAGUAAUAGCAGCCUUCAAAGCCUAUUAUUUGAGGCGUACAUUUAAGAAACUUAUUGAAGCUACUGAGGAAGGAAAUGAUAAGGCCAGUGUUCUUCAGUUUUGGAAAAAAUUCAACAUGAAGCAUGCAAUUGACAUCAUUGUGGAGGCCUGGGUUGAAGUAAGUAAGGACUGCUUGAGUGGAGUUUGGCGGAAGCUUCUCCCAAAUUUAAUUCAUGAUUUUACAGGCUUUGAUGCAUCAGAGGAGCUCCCAAAAAUUACAGAAAAUUGUGUUUCUCUUGCAAAGCAAGUUAGCUUUGCUGAAGUGGAAAGCGCUGAUGUUGAAGAACUGCUCGAGUCCCACUGUGAAGACCUCUCUACAGAAGAUCUACAACAACUUGUUGAUUCUGGGAAAAUAGAAGAUGCCGAAGAUGAAGAAGUCCAGGAUGCAAAACCACGAGAGCUUCCCACUUCUGUUUUAUCUUCUAUCCUGAGGGAAGUUGAUACGCAGUUGCAGCGCUUGGAAGACAAUGACUACAAUGCAGAAAGGAGCAGGAUUGCAGUUCGUGUACGUGAUUCCCGAGAGAAAACAGCUGAAGCUCGGCAAAGUGUUGAUGGAGUGACCUUGCAGUUGCAGAACCUUCUAUAUGAAGUGGCGCAUCUGAAGAAAGAAGUUCGACGUUGUCUUGAUUUUCAGUCUGCUGAUCAGGAAAUUGAUCUUGUGCCUGUGGAACAAUUUUAUGUUGAGGCUCCAGAAUACAUCAGUCGACCUGCUGAUACUGUGGAGGAUCCACAUGAGCAGCGUUUGGCUCGUCUUCAGUGGGAGUUGGAGCAGAGGCGUGACCAGACACAGCUGUUUGACAAACUUACUCAGGAAAAAGAGGCUGUGGCAGAAACCAUAAAUGAACAGGAACGCAAACUAGCAUCAUUGGCUCCAAGGAUCAAUGCCAUUUUGGAAGCAACUCGUCCAUUACAAGAUGCCUUGGACUUACCCAUAGAUGCUAAGAGAGAACAGCAGAGGAUAGUGCAGCUUUUACCAAGUCCUCUCUACACACUCUGGGUUCAGGCAUCUGCAUAUGGUGAAGCUUUUGACCCCUUCAUUAAAGUUGAAGUCUUUGGAGAUGUCGAUGCAGCCAAGAAACUCAUUGUAAAAGAAGAAGAUACUCGAACUGAAAACCUGUCAGAGUCAGAUAAUGAUCAAGAUCAACAAGAGGAGAAUCUUUCCCGUAAGAAGCGCAAUCGUAAGUCCCAGAAAUUGGAUGCAGAGGACUUGGAUGAUGGAGUGAAGCAGAUGCUAGGCUUACAUCCACUCUUUGUAAAGAUUAAUGUAAACACAAAGGAAGGUAACAGUGUUGUUAUUACGUUUUACUAUAUGCAGACCUUACGCAUUGUGACUGCUAAAUGUUCAGUGCAUCUUCAGGAGAAAACCAAGUGUGCUCUGACAGAUGUGAUCAGUGGAGAUACACUUUUGAACUGCCUCGUUCCUGAUGAUGAUGGACAAACGUCACCAAACCCAGCUAACUUCUUUCAACUGAACCGCCUUCGUAUAAACCUCUCUGAUCACCUUAGUGCCACUGGUCGACCUUACAAGUGGGCUCAGUCUCUCUCAGGGUUAUCAUUUUCAAGUUCCAAACAAACACAUGUUAGUGGGGAAGACUCGCAGGAUACAUCAACAGGAGCAGGAAGCUCUCUUGGUGAUGGUGAGAUGGUGGUGUGGCAAGAUAGUGCUGAGCAAAUGCCCCACACCAUUCAGGCCAUCCGUCGCAGACUACAAGCCAGACUGGCUUUACAUGCCCAGCUGGUAAACCUCGAAACUGCCAAUUCAACUAGCUCAAUUGCAAUCCCUGCCGAGUUACUACGUCAGCAUUUCCCAGGAAAAGUCUGCUCUGAACUGAAAUCCUGGCGUCCUGUUACUUGGGCAGACUAUGAAGCAUCAUCAUCCACUCAAUUGCUACGUGAAAUUCAAGUAGUAACACCACAACAUUUGCUGUUCAUGGCUUUAUUUGAUCGUAAACAUGUUCGCUUGGAAGCUCUGGUGGCAGUUUCUCCAGACCAUCCCAUCAAAGUUCCAGUUGUUGCCUUGUCUCUCUACUGGGAAGAUCACUUCCAGACUGCUAACAGCCCACAACUGAGGCUAAUGGAAAAAGAGGUGAAUGUGCAUUGGGAUGAGCUAGUAUCAUCACGCAGUGACCGUCUUCACCUCCUCCCUUUGAUCUUAUACCGCUUGGCAGUUUGUUUAGAUGUUUACACUGAAGCAUAUAGUGCUCAUGCUGAUGCUCGAGGACCAGAUGCUCAAUUCCAUAAAGAAAAAAUAUUUUUCAGACCUGCUAGAGGCCCAGACAGAGCCUUCCCUUUCAAGUAUCAUCCAAAACUAGGGGUGUUCUCACAGCGGUAGAGGGAGUAUCACCUGUUUCCAGUGUUGCUUAUUAAUCAUUUACAUGUACUUUCUUAAUGUUAAUAAAUAGUGCUGUAUUAAGACA